AUGUCUUCUAAUAUUUUUUAGAGUAUAUGUCAAGUUCACAAUAGCGAAAUAAUUGCUAUAAAAUUGUCUCCCAGUAAGUAAGUAGAUGAUAAUCUUAUGUGCAUAUAUUGUUUAACAGGAAUGGGUUAGCAAUUUGUUGUACCAAUAAACGAAAUCUAAAAGUUGUAUGAUACAAAACUUACCAUUAUUAAACAGUUCCAUUCAGAAAAGAAUUAAUUAAUAAAUUCAUCACUAAACAUAAUAAUUGAUACUUUGAAUUAAUUGAAAAAAGAAAUGAAUAUUUCAAUAAAUAAAGGAAUUUAGUUGAUUUAAAAUCAAUUGUAAUAGUAAUCCUUGAAUUAGUAAGUUAAUCUUGAAGAUAGUGAGAAGUCUUUAAGUGAUUAAAUUCAAUUUAUAAUUAGUACUGACUUCAGUUACGGUUAAUAAUAACAAAAGGAGGAUGAAUUUACUUGGAUAUAAUCCCUAUCUCAAGAAUUGAAGAAAUUUAAUAAGAUUUAAGAAAUAUAAUACUGUUUAUAAAUAUCAGAAGAUCUUAAAAAAUAAAAUUUAAUUAAAGAUCAAAAUAUCAAUCCACCAAAUUUAAUUUAAAAAUUGCUGCAAUCAAUUUCUUAUUCAAAAUAAAAUGAAAGAACUCCUAAAUUAGAAUUGAAUUGUAAAUUGCACGGCAAAGAAAUAAUUAUGUUUGAUAUUAAUUAAGCAACAGAUAAGGAAAAACGCUUAUGUUGUAUAGAAUGUAUGCCAUUAUAAUAUAUAUCUUUGAGUAAAGCCUAGGAAAAAUGGAAAUAAUUUGAGGUUAGAAAAAGUAAUUAUUUUUAAUAAUAAAUUAUUGAUAAAGAAUAAUAUUAUGAAUCACUCAAAGAACAGAUUAUUAAAAUUGAAUUUUAAAUUAUAAAAUAGAUUAAGAAUUUAAGGUUUAGUUUUGAACAGAAUUUAUUCAAAAUGAAAUAAAAACUUGCCUUUAUUCUUAAUUAAAUGCAUAUGAACUUUCAAAAUUUUACUUUAUUAGAAUUAUAAGAAAAAGCUCAAAUUUUAAGCAAAUCAGAAGAAAGUUAAUAAAGAUUAAUUUUUUCAGAAUAUUAGGAAAUUUAAGAUUCUAUUCUUUAAUAAUUGAAGGAAUAGCUUUAAUAGUUGUAAUUUAAUGAAUAAAGUUUAUAUGAUAAUUUAAGAUCUAUGUUAUGCAACUCAUAAGAAAUGAGUAAAGCAACAAGUUAGUCAGAUUAAUAAUUAAAUCUCAAUAAUAUUCAUAAUUUUAUAAUUGAAAACAGAGAUAUCUCAAAUAAUAAUUAAAUUGAAUAAUUUACAUAAAGAUCUCAAGAAUCUUAAGAAUGCAAUAGUAAUACUUUAUAGGCAUUAUAAAUCGUAAAUGAAAAUCGUUUAACAAGAAGUGUUUCAGCUUAAGUGAAAUCAAAAUUUAUAUAAAAUGAUUAUUAAUAAAUAGAAGAAAACAAAACUGUAAUCUAAUAAGAAGAAUAAGGAUAUAAAAUAAUUUAAAAUUUUCCAUAAAAUUAAAAUUGUAAUGCAAUUUCUUUUAAUCAUGAUAAUCAAAUAAUGGUUAGUGGUUGUCAAAAUGAGAUAACUAUUUGGGACUUUAAUAAUGGAAAAAUAAUUAAAAAAUAAUAAUUAGUAGGGCAUACAAAUUUAGUUAUAUCAUUGUGUUUCAGUUUAAAUAAAAAUGAAUUCAUAUCAGGAAGUACUGAUAAAUCAAUAAGAUAUUGGUAAUUUUUAGAAAAUGAAUGGAUUUGCUCUUAAGUAUUAUUAGGGCAUAAGAGAUAAAUUGAUUGUUUAUUAUUUGAUAAUAAAGGUGAUUAAAUUAUAUCUUGUAGUUCUGAUAAAUCGAUAAGAAUAUGGAGAAAAAACUAAUAAUUAAAUUGGAUAUAAGUUUAAGUGUUGGUUAAUCAUUAAGCCUAUGUUAGAUGUAUUAGUUUCAGUAAAUCUUAAGAGAAGUUUGUAUCUUGUGGAGAAGAUAAAAUUAUUAUUGUUUGGGAAAUUGAUGAAUUUAAAGAAUGGAAAUUGAAAUAAAUAAUUAGAAAUUCUGACUAUGGAUAUCGUAUAUGUUUUGUUGAUGAUUAAUUUUUAAUUUGGCAACCAAGAAAUAUUAAUUAAGCAAUUAUUUAUGAAUGGAAUAGUAACUUAAAUUAAUUUGAUUAAAGUCUUCAAAAUAUUUAAUUAUUAUAAUCAAGUAAUGGAUAUCAGAAUUUCUUUCCAUCUAUUUAUAAUGAGGAAAAAUAAAUAAUUAUCAAUAAACAUGGUAGAUAUGUAUAUGUUUUAAAAAAAUUAAUUAAUAAUACAAUUAUAAUUUCAUAAGUAAUUGAAGUUGGUCAUUAUUGUAAUUAUGGCUCAUUAAGUUAAAAUGGUGAGUACUUGGUGAUAUGGGAUGAAGAUUCAAGAAAUUUUGUAAUAAGAAAAUUUACAUUAUGA